CAUAACAAGUUGUGUCGAAUCUACCUCCUCGGGUCCUUGAAACAUGGGCACCUGCUCGUCAUCUUCUCCAUAAAAAAACAACCAGAGGCGCAGUUUCGCAGUUUGUCGCACAGAGCAAAGUACAGAGGGUUCUGUUUCGUCAGUUUCGGAAAGACUAUAGAGGGUUUCGGAAGCCAUGGCAGGCGGCUCUUCUGUUGCUUGGCGUAAACUUCCCAUUCCCUCUCGUUUCCUCUUCACUCGCCGCAUUUCUUCUUCUUCCGGUCUUGGAGCUUUUGAUUCUCCACCUGCUGUUUCUUCUCGAAGAGUGGUUGUUACAGGUUUAGGCAUGGUGACUCCGCUUGGUUGUGGAGUGGAAACUACUUGGAAGAGUCUAAUAGAAGGAGGAUGUGGGAUAAGGGCAAUAACACCAGAAGAUAUCAGGAUGAAUUCCUUUGAUAGGGAGACCCAGUUGCAUACUUUUGAUCAGUUGACAUCGAAAGUUGCUGCAAUCGUGCCUUGUGGGACUAACCCGGGUGAAUUCAAUGAGGCAUUAUGGCUUAAUUCUAAGGAGCAUCGAUCAAUUGCAAGAUUUAUAGGCUAUGCACUAUGCGCCGCUGAUGAAGCUCUAAAAGAUGCAAAAUGGUUACCCUCUGAGCAGGAACAAAAGGAAAGAGCGGGAGUCUCUAUUGGUGGGGGAAUUGGAAGCAUCAGUGACAUAUUGGAUGCAGCUCAAAUGAUUUGUGAAAAGCGCAUUCGACGGCUUAGUCCAUUUUUCAUCCCACGGAUAUUAAUUAACAUGGCAUCUGGUCAUGUGAGUAUGAAAUAUGGAUUCCAGGGACCAAACCAUGCUGCAGUGACAGCUUGUGCCACUGGGGCACAUUCUAUUGGUGAUGCCACGAGGAUGAUUCAGUUUGGAGAUUCAGAUGUUAUGUUGGCUGGAGGCACAGAGUCUAGCAUUGAUGCUUUAUCAAUAGCAGGAUUUUGCAAGUCAAGGGCGUUGACGACAAAGUACAAUUCUGCUCCGCAGGAAGCUUCACGACCUUUUGAUUGUGGCCGAGAUGGGUUUGUGAUAGGAGAAGGUUCUGGUGUCUUGGUGUUGGAAGAACUCGAGCAUGCCAAAAAACGAGGAGCAAAAAUUUAUGCUGAGGUUCGUGGCUAUGGGAUGUCAGGUGAUGCAUAUCACAUUACUCAGCCACAUGCUAAUGGAAGAGGUGCUGUUCUAGCCAUGAGUCGUGCCUUAGAACAGUCCGGGCUUCAUCCUAACCAGGUGGAUUAUGUAAAUGCUCAUGCUACAUCUACACCUUUGGGUGAUGCGAUAGAAGCCAAUGCUAUCAAAACCAUGUUCUCAGAACAUGCGACAUCAGGUGCUUUGGCCCUAUCCUCAACAAAGGGUGCCAUAGGUCAUCUCCUUGGAGCAGCUGGAGCUGUUGAAGCAAUUUUUGCAGUUUUGGCCAUACACCACGGAGCUGCACCAUUAACGCUCAAUCUUACUAAACCAGAUCCCAUAUUUAACGAUGCUUUCAAGCCUUUGACUUCUUCAAAGAAAAUGCCAAUUAGAGCAGCUUUGUCAAACUCUUUUGGCUUUGGAGGAACAAAUGCAUCCCUGCUGUUCACUUCUGCAGCAUAGAACAGAUCGAUUGAUUACAUUUUAUUGCUUGGAACUUCUGGAGAUUUGAAUCAUGGGUGUUUUUCACCAAAUACCGAGUGCAUCCACCACUUUCAAAGCCACAGCUCGGGCCAUUAUGGCAGAGCUUUUUUACCCUUUUUUUUCCUCCCUUUUUCUGUAUCUUUGAUAUUGUUGCAGUAUUAUUUUUUUCUGUUUUAGAGGAGGUCAUGGUUUUAGGAAUUUUGACAGGUUGAUUGAUUGAGCUUGGUAGUGUAGACGAGAGGUUUGGAGGGAAAAGUAUAAACAUAGACUUAUAUAUAUUA